AUGUCUCCAAGUUGCUUCUCGUGCAUUAGGAGUGGAGCUUUUCAGCUUCCUCUCGAUAUGAUAACUAUAAUUGAUUGUGGGACCGAUAAAACCGCUAAUGCUCCUGAAACGGGAGGCAGCCAAAACGCCGACACCCAUGGCAAAGCUGUCAAGGUGCGCAGUCAGGCUGGCGUAGAUCUCACAUCAGAAGCAGCAGUCUGCUGCGAAAAGCUGUUAGAAGUGCUGGAACCCGUGCUGAAAGAGGAACCAGACUGGAAAAAAGCAAUAAUAAAGGCAUACGCUAGGAAGCUAAAACUUCAAGCGUCAGAACAUAUAACUAGUCAGUGGUUAGAUGGCCUUUAUGCAAAUCAUAGAGAAGGUAACGUCGAACUAAAUGAAGGAAUAUCUGAAGUCAAUCUUAUAAGUCAGCACAUUUAUGAGAAGAGGGGGAUAGAGUACAGCAGAAAAACACACAAUUUGGAUGGAUUUGCAUGUCUACAUCGUAUCAAGUGUCCUGUUUUGAAUAUGCGUCAUGGUGCAUAUUCGUUUAUAUUGUGGCUUUCCAGUAUUGAACGGGAAAAAUACGGAAUUCCUGAAGACUCGCCUACUUACCAAACAAGCGGAGUAGCCUGCGUGAUGUCCGAGUUAGACUGUCGUACUGGAGAGCAAAAGCUUUUAUCGGUCGAUGUGGUUCUGGAUGUAGGACGGAGCUUGAAUCCUGCCAUAGACAUUGGCCAAAUUGAAGGCGCUUUUAUGCAGGGUUACGGUCUCAUGACGAGCGAGGAGCUAACUUAUGAUGACAAUGGCAAGCUUAUUCAAGACUCAAUGUACAAGUACAAAAUACCAACGCCUGCUACGGUGCCUCGAAGGUUCCGAGUAAAACUUCUAAAAGAUUCAGAUACAUUCGUUGAGCAGGUUUACUCUUCAAAGGGAAUCGGAGAACCACCGCUCAUGCUCAGUGUGACUGCCCUCGCAUCAUUGCGCUAUGCUAUAAACGCUCGUCGUCGAGAUUUGGGAUUUUCUGAUUUUAUAGAGUUGUCGGCUCCGUUGACAACUGCAAAAAUCAUCUCAUUUUGUAAUCCUUAG